CAUCUUCUUCGCCGUCCACAUCCAUCCACCGCCAUGCCAGCCAUAGACCCCCAUUACCUCUGGGCCCUCGGCCACUUCACAGUCCUCUUCUCCACAGCCUAUAUUAUUUUCCAGACAGUCCUCUUCCGUGGAACUCCUGUCAAGACGUACAGACUCGCAUACUCGGGUGCACUCCUCUCCUAUUUCAUCGUAGUCUAUAAAUCUUUAGGCCGUCCCCAACUGUCCCAACCAUGGCUCAGGAGGGCUUUGGUCGACGAGAACUGCCAGUACGCGCUCCUGGCUCUCUUCUGGUGGAUUUCCAAGCCCGUGAACUUGACUGUACUUCCCUUUGCGACCUUUUCCUUGUUCCACUGCUUGACAUUCUUGCGAACCAACGUUAUUCCAAAGCUCGUCCCUCCUCCCCCAAAACCCGCCGCGGGCGCCGCCCCUGGAGCCACCGCAUCCGGCGCUUCUGCGCCUCAGCCUGCUCGACCCCCAGCGCUUCUCGACAACGUUUCUCGCAGGAUCCAGGUUUGGGUUAAGACCAACUAUGAUACUGCCAUGCGCUUUGUCGCUUAUGCCGAAAUCUUUAUCACCCUUCGCUUAUUUGCCGGUGUUUUGACUUUCCGCACUUCUUUCAUCACUGCGCUGUUCAUGAUCCACUUUGUCCGAUUUCGAUAUCACGCUUCUCCCUUUACCCGUUCUGCCGUGCAAGACAUUACCGCUCGCAUCGACGCAUUUGUUGCCGGUAAGGGUGCCGGUGUCCAGAACGCUUGGGCAACAGUCAAGCGGUUCGUAGUUAGCUGGGGCGGCAUGCCGCUUUUGCCAAAUGAAGGACGCAACGGUGCCCAGGGUCCCGCGGCUCAGGCUCAACAGGCUGCAAGGGGUUAAAUCGGAGAGUUUGUUGCUUGCGAAUCAGAGACUUUAAAAAGACACGAUGACUAUGGAAUAGGAGUAGGAGUAGAGUAGAAGACGCAUAAUCACUGCACACCACACGAUGGACGAUAAGUGUGUGCUAUCUGCAGAGUGAGCAAUGUAUGAGCCAAGAGAUGAAAAUAUAACGACGGGUAUGAGGGGUAAUUAGAAUAAAAAGCAAUAUUGAUUUUUCGGGCAUGUUGACACAAAAUUCAUG